UGGAAAACUUUGUGCGGGGGGUCUUCGAGGUUCUCACUUCUCUCCGAGGGAUUGCGCACAAUCCUUGCUCUGUUAGGUCAUCGGAUUCUUCACACAGCAUAAACCCUAAAAAUUCCCUCACCAUCGAAUUCACCGUCAUCCUUAAACCCCUUCUUUUGUUUCCCCUCUGCCUCUGAAUGUCUCUUUCUCCGCUGUUCCUCAACGAUUUUUGGAAAUUCUGUUCUUUGAUUUGUUGAUUCUAGUAUUUAGUUUUGUUUCUGGGAUAAUCAUAUUCAACAUGGAUAUCGAGCAAAAACAAGCAGAGCUAAUCGAUCACUACAUCAAGCAAGCUUCCGCCAGCAAAGGUUCUGCCCUAGGGUCUGUAAUUGCCGACGCGACGUCGCAUCCCUCUCUCUUUGCUUUCUCCGAGAUUCUUGCCGUCCCUACCGUGGCUGAGCUUCAAGGAACAGAAAGUUCUGUUUAUGUGGACCUGCUUCGUUUGUUUGCACAUGGCACUUGGAGUGAUUACAAGAAUAAUGCUGGGCAUCUUCCUCAAUUAGCUCCUGAACAAGUCCUCAAGUUAAAGCAACUUACUGUACUUACACUUGCUGAGACAAACAAGGUAUUGCCAUAUGAUCAACUAAUGCGGGAAUUAGAUGUUACAAAUGUUCGUGAACUUGAAGAUUUUCUUAUCAAUGAGUGCAUGUAUGCGGGCAUAGUUAGAGGGAAGCUGGAUCAGCUGCGACGAUGUUUUGAGGUGCAGUUUGCUGCUGGGAGGGAUCUGAGGCCAGGUCAACUUGGGAAUAUGAUACAAACACUGUCAAGCUGGUUGGCAACAUCAGACAACCUACUCAUCACAAUUCAAGAGAAGAUAAAAUGGGCUGAUACUAUGAGUGAGUUGGACAAGAAACACGGAAAGGACAUUGAAGAUAGGGUGGAAGAAGUGAAGAAAUCUCUAUCCCACAAGGCCGAUGUGGACUUCCGAGGGCUCGAGGAGAUCUACUCUGAACCUGGUGGAGUGAUGGACCAUGAAGAAGACCGUAGCAGACCUAAGAGGAGACGGCAUCCAAUGUCUUGAAGAUGGAGCCUAGAUCUCAUUUGGGUGGGUGUCUAGCUAACUAGCCGGAUUUUUGUUAUGGCAUUCCAAUUACAGACGGUAUCUCCGAUAGUGAAUUUGUCAUUGUUGGUUUAGACUGAUAUAUUUAAGAACCAUGCCAUGCUUGUCUUGAACCCAUUGAAAUUCCUAUUGAGUUGGGAAGAACAAGACCAUAACUGGUGGUGCGGCUGAAAAUUUUUAUUGAGUUAGAUGCUCAAGGUUGUAAUUGAAGUUAAUAUUGCCUUUUGGAGUUUAUCCUACAUUUUGGGAUGAAAUUAGCUGCAUAUAAAUACAUAUUGGGUAC